AUGUCCUUGCACGAGCGUGCCGCGAUCCGGCUUGUGCACAUGCUCGUCACCUGCGCCGCUGCCAUCCAGGCCGGCGACUACGGCGCCGCCGCCACCUACCUGAUCGAGGCCCGCACCAUCCUUGUCAACACCAUCCCCACCUCCUCCGGCAUCGGCCGCGUCACCAUCCACUUUGCCACCGCGCUCGCCCACCGCCUCAACUCGGCAUCCCCAAACUCCUCCCUUUCACCCUCUUCAUCCUCGCCAUCGGCCAAUAAUCACGCAAGUGAGCAGUAUCGCCAGUUCUAUGACCAAGUUCCUCACCUCAAGUUCGCCCACUUCACGGCCAACCAAGCCUUCCUCGAGGCCUUUCGAGGCCACGACCGGGUACACAUCAUCGACCUGGCCAUCAUGUGUGGCCUCCAGUGGUUGUCCCUCAUCAAGGCCUUUUCCAUCUGGCCGGGCGGCCCACCAUCGAUCCGCAUCACUGGCGUCGGCCCAACACAUACUGGAUCACGCGACGAGCUCCGAGAGGUGGGCCUCAUGCUCACAGAGCAUGCACGCGUCUUAAACGUGCCCUUCUCCUUCCACAUUGUCACAGGCGACAACCUCGAGGGGUUAAAGCCAUGGAUGUUUCAUCUUGUCCAAGGCGAGGCCAUCGCCGUCAACUCCAUCUGCCAGCUCCAUCGCCUUCUCGUAGACCCAGACGCUGCGUCGACUUCCUUGCCGCCGCCCAUCGACACCGUUCUCGGCUGGAUCACCUCCAUGCGGCCCAAGGUGUUCACCGUAGUCGAACAAGAGGCGGACCACAACAAGCCGACGUUGGUUGAGAGGUUCACGAACGCGCUCUUCUACUACGGCGCCAUGUUUGACUCCAUGGAGGCCGUCGCCACGAGGUCCCGCACCGGUGCCGCUGAGCGUGGGGCAGAGGUGCACCUGAAGAGGGAGAUCUUCAACAUCGUGUGCAACGAGGGCAGCAGCCGGGUGGAGCGCCACGAGACGCUGCCUCGCUGGCGGGCUAGGCUGCGUCGAGCUGGGCUUGCCCAGGUGCCGCUCCGUCCAAACAACCUCCGGCAUGCCUCCAUGCUGCUCCACGACCUCUCCGGUGACGGGUACCACGUCAUGGAGCGUGGCGACGGGCUCAUGCUCGCGUGGCACAACAACCCACUAUUCUCGGUCUCGGUGUGGCACAUCAUGGAGGAGGAGCUUGAAGACAACAAGAACAAGGUUGUCCGCCGGAGCAGCACUCACCUUGCGACUGCUGGGGCAAUGUUAUCCAUGCAGUGA